AUGGAUUCUACUCAAAAAUGGUUUUGCGUGCUCCUUCUCAUCUUUACUGUGGUGUUAGACUUUAGUGCAGUUACACUCGGAAAUGGCAAGAUAGAAAAGAGAGGUCGGGUAGUGAUGCUAGUGGACAUAGAGGUGGUGAAGGGUUUGUUGGAAGAGAUUGACAAGGUGGUGAAGGUGGAGUGGAGGAGGAGGAGGUGUGGCCUUAGAGGUGGCUUGGGUCAUGAAAAUGGACUUGGAGUUGGUGGACAUGUAGGGGAAAUUGGUGGAGGUGAAGGGAGAGGAAGUGAUGAUGGAGGAGGAGGAGGCGUUAGUGGUGGCUUUGGGCGAGUAGGAGGUGGAUUUGGAGGUGGUAUAGGUAGCAGUUUAGAUGGUGGAAUUGGUGUGGGAAUUGGAGUUGGAGUUGGUGUAGGAAUUGGCGCUGGUUCUGGCAAGGGAGGCAGAGGCGGCGGAAUUGGUGUGGGAAUUAGAGUUGGAGCUGGUGUAGGAUUUGAUGCUGGCAAGGGUAUUGGCGUUGGUAGUGGAGGAGGAGUAGGAGGCGGUAUAGGCAGUGGAGGAGGUGGUGGUGGUCAUGGAGGUGGAAUUGGUGCUGGCAAGGGUGUUGGUGUUGGUAGUGGUUUUGGUAGCGGCGGAGGAGGUGGCGAACGGUAA